AUGGCAAUGCUAACUCAUGACGAAACUAAAUUCCCGUUAAUUUUUGAUUCAACAAGAAAAGUUUUAAUACCACAAUAUGUUCACCCAGAAAAAUAUUUGGCCUCGACUACGAAGUCAACGGAACGGAAUCCACCUAUUAUAGUUAUUUCAGACGACGAAUGCGCGACUGAGGCUCCAUCACCUGUCGAAACUAGUCACCUUUCAGCUUUUUCUGACAAUGAGUCUUUAAACAUACGAUCUAAUAAACUAUGGACUGAUAAUGAGCUCAUGAUUUUACUUGAUUAUGUUGAAGCCAAUUAUGAAGAGUGGAGAAUUUGCAAACGCGAGUUUUGUAAAUUUAUUGAAAAAGCAAAGGUUUUAGAAAAAAAUUAUACAAGUUAUCAAAUAGAAAAGAAAUUAAAUACUCUCGUAGCUACUUACUCAAAAAUUAGAAAAAAUAAAGAGAUAGGUAUCAAAGACGUAAAGCCAAGAAAAUUUCCUGCAUAUGAUAGGAUGCAUGAAAUAUUUGGUCAUCGACCAAUAGAAGAGUAUAUUAUUUUAAAAGGAACUUCCGAACCUAAGAAGCGUUUUUCUCAAAAUAUUGAUUCUAUGGAUGACAAUGAACAAGUAAACUCCUCCUCAAACUUAAAAGCUAAACGAGCAAAAUACUCCCAUGAUAGAAAUACUACAGAUGAUGGUAUAACUGAUUCCGAAUAUGAAACACUUGUCCAGCCAUUUAAAUCUAAAAAGUCACCAGAUCUGUGUUUUAAAUUAAAGAGAACUGAUGAUGGUAUACCAAUUUAUUCGUUCGGCCCAAGAGUCCAGCAAUAUUGGUCAUGCGAUAUGAUACACUUGUUAAUGGAUUGUAUCGAAGCAAAUGUAGAUGUGUUCUGGAAAAAUCCUACAAUGUUUUGGGAUUGGUUGGCUACAAACGUAUUCACAAAUAGAACUCCAUUUGCAAUUGCUCAGAAAUUUUAUGAGUUAAGACCAGACAAACAUGUCAAAGGAUUAAGAGCUCUCAAAAAGCUUAAAAAGAAAUCUGAUGAUACAAAACUAAUUGAAAAAAUUGAACGAUGUUUUCAACGUUUGUAUGAGAAAAAGACUUGGUCACGAGAUCGUGAUAGGAAUGUAAUGUUCAAAUACCCACCUGGAUACGACCCAGAGCAAAUAUCGUCGGAAGAUACUAUAACAAGGCCACUGCCUGCUAUUUCUCUUAAAAUUGAUGAGUCUGAUUUAAAUUUUGCAAAACAUUUACUUAAAUACAGCCACUCAGAUGAUGCCUAUACUUUGAGUAAAUGUUCAGGUACUAAUGAUAAAAUACGAUGGCCCGAGUUGAAGGAAAAUCUAGGACGGGAACCACAGAAAUGUGAACCAUUUGACUGGACAGAUCAAACAGAUCAAGAAAAUUCUGAUUCAAUGACAAUUUCAGAAAGUGCAGAUGCAAAUGCAUCCAUUGCAUUAUUACCUGAUGAUCCAAAAAGGAAAUUCAAACCACUUUAUAAAGGCUUAACUAAGAAAUAUAGUUUUUUGGAACAAGAAGUAAUAUCCAUCACACAUAUAAUGAACAGUUUGAAUGAGCAAAAAAUACGUCCUCAAUCUCCAACUUCAGCGUCAGAUCAAAAGAAACGUUCUCAACCUCCAGUUUCCGAUCAGAAUAAAGCUGAUGAUUAUAUGUCUAACAUACAAAAGUGUUGCACCACUUUCGCGGUUGAAGAUGCAUUAAGGAAAAUUCUAGAUGCUUUAAUGGGUGCGAUUUUAAAUUACGGGAAUAGGGAUAGACAGGAAAUGGAGAUAUCUGAUUCGGAACAACAUUUAUCUGAUACAUCAGAACAUCAUGAUCACAUAAAUUCAAAAGAUUCUUACUUUACAACCGAGCAUGUAAAUUCAGAAGAUCAUAUUUCUAAUGAUCCUACCAUUAAGUGGGAUACCAUCUUACGUGCUGCGAGAAUUGCAGGAUUACCACACAGCGUAAUAAAAAACACAUAUUAUCGUAUCUCAAAGCUUUAUGACAAAGAUAAACAAUUUGAAGAUUCAAUAAAGGAGAUGAAGUUAGGUGAAUUUGAAGGUCUAAUUAGUCUGCCUUAUUUGGAUGGACAAGAACAAUUACGCAUCUGGGAUACAGAAGCUGAAUAA